AUGCGUGGCAUCACCAUCUCAUUUGCCCUGUUGGGCCUGGCCUUCGCGGCCCCAGCAGACCAGCGUGCGGCCGAACUCGAGACACGGCAAACCUUCCAGAUCGGGCCGGGCAGCGGUGUAGUCCUCGAACCCAGCAACCCCGGCGGCAGCUGCAACCAGGACGUCUUUGAGAAGACGGGCUUCUGCAUCAUCGGCGGCAAGAUCAACCCGCGCCAGACUUUCUCCCUUCCAAACGACAAGGGGGCGAGCCUCCGUCAGGCCAUCAAGGAGGCGCAGCUGGAGAUCCAGAGGCUGGAGGCCAAGGACUCCCUCACCGAGGACGAGAAGAAGCAGCUCGAGGCACUCAAGUACUUUGUCAAGAAGACGUCGGGCGUCGUCAGCAUCUCCCCGGCCGACGGGGGCUCGACGGUACUGGUGCCCGGCCGCAUGGCCCGGCGCCAGAGCUCCGGGUCGCCGUGUCUGGUUGACCUGGAGAAGUACCAGCGCGAGCUGAUGGCGUUCCUGCUCUCGUUCCCGCCCAGGGAGCGCGCUCAGAUCUGGGCAGAGCUGAUCCAGAACGUCUGCAACAUCCAGACCGGUCCCAUCAAGCCGGACCCUACCAUCCCUGGCGGUUCCAUCAAGCCUGACCAGCCUGCGCCGUCUACGACACUGAAGCCGAGCGACUAG